AUGAGCUCCCCCAACACCGAAAGCUCUGGGAAGAGCCUGCAGUACCGAGUGGACCAUCUGCUAAGUGCCGUGGAGAAUGAGCUGCAGGCUGGUAGCGAGAAAGGAGACCCCACAGAGAGUGCGCUGCGAGUCACGCUGGAGGAGAAUGAACUCUGGCUUCGCUUCAAGGAGCUCACCAAUGAGAUGAUCGUCACGAAGAACGGCAGGAGAAUGUUUCCUGUGCUGAAGGUAAAUGUAUCUGGCCUAGAUCCCAAUGCUAUGUACUCUUUCCUGCUGGACUUCGUGGCUGCAGACAAUCACAGGUGGAAGUAUGUAAAUGGAGAGUGGGUGCCAGGGGGCAAACCAGAACCACAGGCCCCGAGUUGUGUCUACAUUCAUCCAGAUUCACCAAACUUUGGAGCUCAUUGGAUGAAAGCACCUGUCUCCUUCAGCAAAGUCAAACUCACCAACAAACUCAAUGGAGGGGGGCAGAUCAUGCUGAACUCCUUACACAAGUAUGAGCCCCGAAUCCACAUAGUGAGAGUCGGUGGGCCCCAGCGCAUGAUAACCAGCCACUCUUUUCCUGAGACCCAGUUUAUAGCAGUGACUGCAUACCAGAAUGAGGAGAUCACAGCUCUUAAAAUUAAAUACAAUCCAUUUGCAAAGGCUUUCCUUGAUGCAAAGGAAAGAAGUGAUCACAAAGAUAUUCUGGAAGAAUCAGGAGACAACCAACAGACUGGAUACUCACAAUUAGGAGGAUGGCUUCUUCCUGGAACUGGUACUCUUUGUCCACCCACCAAUCCCCAUGCUCAGUUUGGAGCUCCUUUGUCACUCUCUUCUACACAUGGCUGUGAACGGUACCCCACACUGAGGAACCAUCGAUCAUCUCCCUAUCCCAACCCUUAUACUCAUCGAAACAACUCUCCAACCUAUUCUGACAAUUCUUCUGCCUGUCUGUCCAUGCUUCAAUCCCAUGAUAACUGGUCCAGUCUUGGAAUGCCCACCCAUACCAGUAUGCUGCCCAUGAGUCAUAGUACUGGCACGUCUCCAGGUUCUAGUCAGUAUCCUAACUUGUGGUCGGUGAGUAACAGCACUAUCACACCAGUGGCUCAGUCAGCAGGGAUGUCCAAUGGGCUGGGAGCUCAGUUUUUGCGGGGCUCCACUGCACACUACCCAUCCCUGCCCCAUGCGGUUCCAGCUUCCUCUUCCUCUGGAUCUCCAUUGUAUGAAGGCAGUGUCUCAGCCACAGAUAUCCCUGACAGUCAGUAUGAUGCUUCAGCACAUGCCCGCCUCACAGCCUCAUGGACACCUGUAUCACCACCUUCCAUGUAAAUAGAGACACUUAAAAAAAAAAAAAGUUGCACAGACUUUCUGUUGUUGUUUCCUCUUGAUUCCCAUGGGCUGAUUUGGUCUACUCCUAAAGGUCUUUCUUAAUGGUUCAGGAAAUAAAAGGGGUAGAAAGAAUGCUGGACUACAUUUAAAAGGAAUGAAAGCCAGAUUGCUGUUUUAUCAAGAGUAUGAAGUCCUCAAUUCUGGGAAAGAGGAGCAGCAACUCAGACUUGGGCUUGGACUUGGACUUCUUUUCCUGUCAUGGGGAAUUGGAUUUAGGACAAACAUACUAACCAUCCCACUUUUACCUAGGUUUGUUUGACUGGGACUCAGAAACUUCAUGGACACAAGAUUCCACUCCAUAUUUGCUAACAAAAUCUGGACAACAAACAUAACA